AUGUCAUCGGCAGCCCUAAUUGUUUCUCUCGUCUUAAUCAUUCUAAUUAAGUCGAGAUGGAAGGAAGUCCUUGCUGCUACUUCUACAGCAUCGGUCACCGGUUGGAGUAGUCUUGUGACUGGCCAAAUAACCGUGUGGACCGUUGCUUGCGCCAGCCAGAUGAUACUGUAUCUGUCACAACUGUGGCAUCCCAGUGCGCCAACAGUGCAACAGAUUCUUACUUCUGGUCCACGAGAUUCCGUCAUGUCAGAGUGCCGCUCAACUAGGCCGGGCAAUCUCUACAUACCUGAACACCCUCAUGCUGUCAUGACUCUAGGCGCGCUACCGUCUCCGACCUUUUCUACACGCUCCUCGCAAUCGCUCAAAUCAUUUCGAGACUCAUUACGACACGUCGUUCGCCCCAUAACUUCCCGGUCUACACUGAUCAGCCGGCAAUCGGCCAGCCGGCAAUCGGCCAGUCGGGAGGCUCGCAGUAUCCAUUCGGAUCGACAAUCCAUCGAUAACACAUCUCACCCAGACCCUUUUGACAGCUGGGACACAAGUAGCGUCAGCUUGCAAGCACGGGAUGCAGUGAUGCAGACCGCGCCAUAUAAGGGCACAACAUUAGAACCAAUCCCUGGGAGUCGGCCUAACUCGCCAGCACGAGCUCUUGAUGGGCCUUUUCUUUCCGAACUGCCAGAAGAAGAGGUGGAGAGUUUGACGCCGCCGCCAAAGAUGAUGCCAGACACAUCACGGCCCCCGAGUCCAGCUGUGAGCGAAGCCCAUAUCCAUCCUCUUUUCAGGACCGCUACACCAGAGCCAGCGCCCAUCACUACCAUGGGCACCAGUAUCAUAGCCAGUCCUUUGGCGAGCCAAGCUAUUGCUUGCCCAGCACCAACUUUCAAUCGUAUGCGAUCAAACAGCCGUGGAGCUGCUCCAAGCCCGCUCCAUCAGGCUCGUAGUUUUACUCGGGAUCGGGCUGCAAGCCUGUCGACAUGUUCCAGAAGUUCCUCCCCACCCCGUCGAGGCAUGACACCUCCUAUUCCAGACUUCAUUCUGAACUCUUCGCCUAGAAGUAGCAUGAGCGGGUCUCGGCGAGUGAACCUUCAACAUCCUGCGGAUCGAUGA